AUGCAAGGCAACCUCAGGUACCAUUUGCUGGGCCAGAUGAACCACAGGGCUGGUUCCUGGGCUAACCAAUACAAGUCGCUAAACCAAGCGACUUACGACACCUCGUCCAAAAUUCCUUCCUCAACCUCCCUCCCGUCGUCCCCAACCGCAAGCAUCCCCUUCCCGCCCCGGAAAUUCCCCGUCCGCACGGCGCUCCACUUCCACGCACCGCGCCCGAAGCUCACCCUCGUCACACCCGUCUCCCUGGCCCGCGACUUCGCCGCCCGGAAGAAGCACAACAGAAACUACACAAUGGGUUCCGCUCCUCGUCUCGGCGCCCUCGGGCACACCUUCACCGCCAUGCGCGCCAUGCAGUUCGUCUCGCUGGUGUCCAUCAUCGGCAUGGUGUCCAACUUUAUUUCGGAGAUUAACGGUGCUGAUGCCGUUCCGCCUUCCGUCUUGAUCGGCACGCUCGUUAUUUCCUGCAUCGCAACCCUCUACAUCUCAAUCACCUACAUCCUCUACUACGACAACAUGCUCCCCCUUCUCCUCGCGGCCGGCGCAGACACUUUCCUGUUGAUCGCCGUCAUCGUCGUCGCCUGCCUCCUCGGCAAACCCCUCUCCUACCUAGACUGCGCCGCCCUGCCCAAGUCUUCCGGCAGCACCGCCAACUUCAUGGCUUCUGUGACGGCCAACAUCAACACGGGCUCCGCGCUCAACUACUUCAUCUGGGUCGGCGCCGACCAGGGCACGUGCUACGCCAUCAAGGCCGUGUGGGGUCUGUCGAUUGCGCUCUGCGUGCUGUUUGCGUUCAGCGCUGUCACGACUGUCUGCCUCUGGCGCAGGGUGAAGCUUGCGCCUGCGGGCGUGAAGGAUAUUGAGGGUUGA